AUGACUGAUAUUCUCAAAUUCAAGGCGGGUGUAGCCACUUUUGAUGAAACUUCCAAAAUCUGUUCUCCGACCCCUAUCAAGGGAGAAAUUGUUAUAAAACCUUCAGAAGAAGCUGAGGGAUUCUAUGAUUUCCAAUGGAACCCUCUUGAGAAAGUUGCAUCAGGCAAUGUGGAACCACUCGAGUUUAUUCUGAUUCCAGGUUCUACGAAGUGGUUACACAUCAAAUCUUGCAAAAGUGGAAGAGUGUUUUGCUUGAUCUUUUCAUCAGACGAACAGCACUUUUUUUGGCUCCAAGACAAAAACCAGGACUCUGAAAAGCUCAAUGAGCUCUCAGAAGCCGAUAAAGCAAUGGUACAGAAAUUCACGGAACUUUUGAGUUCUGAGGAUGAAGAAGAAUUAGUAAACGAACAAAAUCAAGAAACGGCCGAAACAAAAGAACAAAGCCAUGACCAAGAUGUUGACAUGGAUCUUGAUCAGCCCUCAAACCAACCAAUUGCUCAUAUUUCAGACUUUCUGCCCAAACAGCUACUUAUUGACUAUGUGGAGUCUCUCGAUCCCAAUUCUUCUCAACUACACAGCUUAUUGGAACAUUUGCCUCCAGAUCAACAUCGUGACAAAGCAGCUUUGAUUGAGUGUCUUCGCGGUCCCUUUUUUUACCAAGCAACUGACUCGCUCUCAAGAACAUUGUUGGAGGGUUUUGAGGCUUCUCUCGCGAUUUCGAAUGGCUUUGGGUACCAGUAUUCAGGCGACGGAAUUUUAGGAUUUCUUAAAGGUGUUAGGGCGAAGGCUAAGGAAGAGCAACGCGAUCAACCUAAACCUGACGAGGGGAAAAAGUGA